UCUCUUUAGAUAACCAGAUGGAGAGAGAUGGAAGCUCCCGCAUGCCACCUCCACCGGACGUGCAUGUAUCUCCUGCAGAUGAGUGUGUCGGCUCUGACGAGACCCAACAACAGAGUUUGGGUCGAUCAGAUAGGGCUCAGGAUAAGAAUGACACCCAGAUCCAUGCUGCUCUUCCUGAUGGGACCUCUGCCACCCUCAGAGGGACACCCACUUCUUCCAGCACUAAACUAUGUGGCUACCUCAACAAGCAGGGUGGACCCCUCAAAGCCUGGAAGUCCCGCUGGUUUGUCUACGAGGAGAAGAGCUGUCAGCUGUUUUACUACCGUAUGGCACAGGAUAUCAAUCCUCUGGGUAAGGUGGAUCUGUCUCGUGCCACGUUCAGUUACCCGCUGCAGGGAGAGGAAGGAACCUUUCACAUACAGACACCAGAGCGCACUGUCAUUCUCAAGGCAGCUAACAGGGAUGCCCAGAUGUACUGGUUGCAGCAGCUGCAGUUGAAACGUACAUUACACAGGGAGCAGCAUGCUGAACAUAAGUCCAUAUCCAAACCAGACAACCACAAAUUGGAAAGCACCCCAUCAGCAAACAACUGCCGUGUAUCUGAUGUGACCCCAUUUUGCAGCAAUAAGUGCAAGUAA